GGGGCGUGUAGAACAACCAGAGCCAGGAGUGCAGGGGUGGGUGCCCGGCUUUGGCAUUUAGUCUGAAUGCGGUGAGAGAACCUACUCUGCGCACCAACAGAAUUACAAAUUUUGGUUCUGCCUCCCGCAGAUCACUACAAAGAAAAAUGACUGCUGGUUCAGUGUCAGUGCCUCAAAUUAUACCACUUCGACUCCCUCUGCCAGGAAAGGCUAAACAUGAAAUAGACACAAAUACACAUGUAGAAAUAAAAUCAGAUACUCCUGAUGUUACUAUCUAUUACACUUUAGAUGGAAGUAAGCCAGAACUCUUUAGGAGACCUGGCUAUGGAGAAUGUAACACUUUUAAAUAUAAGGGACCCAUCACAUUACCUGAUGGGAAAAUAACAGUAAAAGCUUUGGCAGUCACCAAAGACUGCAGGGAGAGUGCCAUUGUAACAAAGGUAUUUCUGGUAGAAUACGAGCCACCAAACAUACUCUUUGCUGCUGAAGAUAAUGAUGAGAAUUUUCUGAAAGACCUCUCCAACCAGGAGCUGGAAGGUGGACUGACAGUCGCAAAAUUAAAAAAGAAAGGAGUCAAUGUGAAAAGCAAAUCCAGCUGGAAUGAUACAGCCCAAGAGUUUCAAGGCUUGGAGGUAGAGAGAAGAACUGUCCAGAAAUCUUUGAAAGGGCCACGGUUCUUGAAUGGUCAUUUGGAAACACCAGGUUAUAGAGAAAAGUCAAUCUCACCACCACCAACACACCAGUCCCAGUUCAUUGGUUCCGCAGUGUCUAGCAGGAAAAGUCUAACAAGCACCCAGACAAUGAGAAUCCAGAGGGAAACAGACUUCCUCAGGUGUGCACAUUGCUUAGCUCCUCGCCCAUCUGAUCCCUUUGCUCGCUUCUGUCAAGAAUGCGGUUCUCCGAUCCUGCCAGUGCCAGGGUGUCGCCUCCCACCCCCUGAAGGAGCUCAGGUCAGCAAAAAAAUUAUGGGACUAUGUGUAGAAUGCAGAACUAUGGUGCCAAUGAACACACCAACCUGUAUUGUCUGUGAGGCCGCGAUAGCUCCACAGCUGCAGCCCCAGGCCAGCAUCUGCUUAAAGGGCAAAGUAAUCUGUCGGGUAUGUGGCACAGGAAAUCCUAUUCACAUAAAACACUGUGUGACCUGUGAAAGCAGACUGCCUGAAAUACAGACGCCUGCACUCAGUGGAGAUGCACCCCCACCUUUAUCAAGUCAUCUAGGGAGAACAAUAUCCUGCUCAAAAUGCGGCCGUGAUAACCACUGUGAUGCUCGUUUCUGUGACUGGUGUGGAGCCAAGAGUUCAACAGUUCUGAAGACAGGGGGUUUCCAAGAGGAGAACAAUAUUUUAAAACCAGGUCCUCCUCCAAGCUACUUUACUUGCUUCAAGUGUGGUGCAAGCAACCAUCCAUAUGCUAGAUUCUGUGGAUCUUGUGGUGUUUAUAUUGAGCCUCCAUCAAGACUGGGCUCUCAGAAUAGCAUGCUAUUGAGUGCUGGAGAUACCUUUGUGUUUUCUGAGGAUAAAGGAUUACAGACUCGAGCUGCCUGGGAGCCUCUGGUUGUUUCAUUACCAAAGUCGAGACUAGAUAGAACAGAACGAAAAGACAAAGGAACCCAGACCAUUGGCCUGUUCUACCCAUCCAGCGCACUCUUAGAGAAGAAAGAACUUGAGCUGGUUUCUCAAAAAGAAAAACAGGAGAAGAUGAGCGAUCGCAAGCCCCUGCUCACAGCCAUCAGUCCUGGAAGAGGGUACUGGAGAAAACAGUUAGAUCAUGUGUGCGCUCAUCUUAGAAGCUAUGCUCAGAACAACCCAGAGUUCAGGGCUUUGAUUGGAGAACCUCGAAUGGGAAAGAUUAUUUCUGCUACAGUCCAUGAGGAUGGUUAUGAAGUCAGUCUCAGAUUAAAUUACAUUCUUGCCAUUAACAAGGAUAUUCUCACUGGUAAACCAAUGAAGUUUGACAAUCAUUAUCUGAGCACUGUGACAGAAGGCAGAGAUGGACGGUAUGAUAGUCAGGCUAGUUUGGUGUGUGAAGAGGGUCACAGCAUCUCAAGCCCCAGAGAAAAAGUAAAAAGAACAAAGAAGACAAGAACAUUUUUAGAAAAAGAAGAUAAGCUAUCUCCUGAGGCUAGACAGCUCCUGAAAGAAGUGGGUCCAGCAGGGGAAGGAAAAAUUUCAUUGGUAGAACAAUUGCUUGAUGAAGGAGCUGACCCAAACUGCACCAACAGUGAAGACCGACCUGCUUUAACAGUUGCUGUCCUAAACAGACAUGAUGAAGUGGUUCCAGUUCUUGUCCAGAAAGGUGCUGAUAUUGACCAGCAGUCAGGACCGCAUAACAACACUGCUCUUCAUGAGGCAACUUUGCAUGGAUUAGAAGGAAAGAGAUGCAUCAAAGUCUUGUUAGGCUGUAAUGCAAACAUUAAAAAGAAGAAUGAAAAAGGCUUAUCAGCAUAUGACUUGGCACUGAAGACUGGGAAUGAGGAAAUAAUUUCAUUGUUUGCUAGUAAGCUUGGACAAGGAAUGCUGGACAAACUGACCAAACCCAAGAAUAUCAGUCUGGCCAUGGCUUGA